AUGAAACAUAUAGUAAUAAAAAAAACAAAUUUUUUAAUAUUAUUUAUCGAAGGUCUUAAUCGAUAUUUGGGUUGUUUCAUUGAUCAUAUUGACAAUCAUGAUCUUGAAGUGUUUAUUGAUAAAUAUGAACACUUAACUUCUAGACAAUGUAUUUUUGCUUGUCAAAAACAAAACUAUCAGUAUGCAGCUAUACAACAUGGUAAUGAAUGUCGCUGUGGACAACAAUACGGAAAAUAUGGUCAAGUAUCAGAUGAUCAAUGUCAAUAUUCAUGCGUAACAUUGGAAAAAUGUGGUGGUGAUAAUCGAAGUAGUGUUUAUAGUGUUAUGAACUCGAUUGAUUCAUCUAGAUCAGGUUUUUUUUUCAUAUUGAAAGUAUUUUAUUCAUAUAAUAAAACGCAAUUCGAUACAUUUCUAGAUUUGACAUGUUUGAAUACUGUAGUUGGUUAUCAAGGUUGUUUUGAUAAUGUAAUCUUAGGUAUAGUGAUGGGUGUUGUGAACUCGAUUGAAAAAUGCAUUUCACACUGUGCUACGAACUAUAAUUAUGCAGGCAUCGUGAAUGGUAAUUCAUGCCGUUGUGGAAAUUAUUUAAAUCAACCAGCCUUGAAUUCCAUUGUAUGUAAUAUUCCAUGUGAGAGAAAUUCAAAUGACAUGACAAUUGAUUGUUGUGGUGGCCUUCAUGCACUUAGUGUUUAUAAUGUUAAGAACUAUCGUUAG